AUGUGUAGAUACAAUGCGCCGCCGAAGGGUUCUCGACUUGCCCAGCAGUUGGAUAAAUUGGCCACUGAUCCGCUGAACUCCUCACCAUGGGAGUACGAACAGUCCGUUGUGGACUCUUUUUCCAAGGAGCAGUGUGCAAGUUACCGUUUUCUAAAAAAUGAAUGGGCGUACCUGGACCAUUCGAUGGACCCUCACCAGCCGGCAGGCGUUUUGGAGGGAGGAAGCGCCAAUUAUACCGGGAAGGGGCUGCGUCUGGAGGGCGGUUGCGACCGUCAACGUACAGAGAGGAUGCCGUAUUACAAAGAUCAUGGCGUUCGCUGGCGCGAACGUACAAUGAUGGGCGCCGUGUCAUUCACUAUCAGUCCAGACGCGAACCAAGACGUGGCACUGAAUGAGACCGAUUUGGAUUUGGAGGCGCGGCAAUGGGGGUCGUGGAGUCGUCCUAUGUACAGCUAUCUUCCGGUCCUUGAGUCAGCGUUUCGGUCGCGAACCCGCAUAGAGAACCCUACUGACCUGUGCUACCCUUGGCUAACUCGUCACGACGUUUUCGAGCGAAUGCCCAUUCAUGUGGAGCAUGGCGCCAGUUUCAUUCCAGAGCCCAGCCCUGACAUGGUUUUGGCUGCGACGGGCCACUUCGGUGGUUAUAUGCGCCGCCCUUUUGAGCUUCCCAGUGAAGCUCUGAGGCGACAAAAUCGGCUUCUCACCGAAUGGGAUCGUUUGGAUGCUCAGUACGCGGAGAGCCAGGAUGAAGAAGUUGCCGAGCGUAUUCGUGCCAUUAAGAACGCUCUGUUCGGUUACGACAACAUGAUCGACAAUGAUUCCAACGCCUACACAACCGCUGUUGACACGGCCAUAUUGUUGGCACGCAGGCUGAUGAAGGAGCAGAGGGACGAUCCUGCGCACAACCCGGACGUGAUUGACUACUACCUGAACUACGUGCCGGACAUGACAAGUGUCACUGGCGGUCGCAGUCGCUAUCGUGGCCCUGGUAAGACAGUUGUUUUGUGUCUUGCGGGUUACUACCCGGAUCCGAAGUACUUUCGGGAGUACACAUCGGUUGAGGAGUUGGCUGAGGGGUAUCACCGGCUGAUGACCGAGAUGCGUUACGAGGGCAGCGUGCACACUCUUUCUCAAAUGGUGGUUGAGGAUGAGGUCCACGACUACGUUUUACGUGGUGAUCGUCGGAAGUUUCCCAGGCUCAUGGCUGAAUACACCCCGUUGUGGUCGCAUCGGAAGUUUGGCCCCGAGUUCGGUGACGCGUUGAAGCGCGGCCAUCGUAUUCCUGAGAGCGAGCUAACUAGCUUCGGUACCAAGCUGCGGAAACGCCGUCGUGGUUGUUCUCCGGAGGAGCGAGCAGAGAAUUUCGUCGACGAUUACGCCUGUUUCAGCGAGGAAUGUGGGUGA